AAGAUGUUUCGUGAAAAUAAUUCAAUUAAUCGUAAAUGUUGGUCAAUUAAAACCUUUCCUAUCGGGGGGCGAUCCAUCUAUUCGUUUCUAUAGUGAUGUUCGAGCAUUAUCAGCUGAUUAGCAAAUGCGACAUAUGGCCGUAGUUGGUUUUAUUAGAUUAUCGUACACUUACUUUUUCAACUAUAAAUCCUUGUUCAACGACAUUUUAAGACCGAACAUUUUCAGUGAAAGUGGUGAACGGGAAGGACGAUAAUAAUUGGAUUUCAUUUUCUUUUUUCUUUUUUUUUUUGCAACAAAGUUAGAGGUAAGAAAACUUGAUUAAUUUCGCGUACGAGUAUUUCCAUUCACUGUACCGCGCCUUUAACUUGAUGUCACUCUCUACAAUGCAGUUGAUCGUGAACCACAGUGACAGGCAUCAUUGCAUUAAUUUUUCUAUUUACCAAUAAAACAGAAAAAAGGAAUAUUCGUAUUGAAUAUUCUAUAUCCUCAAGAUUAUAAUUAAAAUCAUUGAUUAUCAUUUUUAUCCGAUAAAAUAGAUAUAAAAUUCUUAUCAUCAGAGAUACAAAAAUCAAUAAAGUUGAAAAUCUAAUUCUCAACUCACCGAAUCACUGUAGACGAAUAUUUCUAAUAAGAAAUUAAUGCAAUAUACAAAAACACCACGAAAAAUCAUCACCACGUCAAUUUUAAUAACACGGCCGCAGAAACUUGGUAAUCGUUCUCGCACGAGCUCCACGAAGGAAAGAGAGAGAGCGUAAUCGCCCUAAAAACCUCUAAUCUCCUAAACUAGACGACUACAUAGCCGUGGCACGCGUCUAAUGCAUACAAAGGAGAGUGGUGGGGGGUUUAGGUGCCCCUCCGUCGUGAUUAUGGGGUGAACUCUUGGUACGGUGCCCCAUAGACGACGGGCCGCCCUUGUGGAGGGGGAAAAAUACCCCUCGGGACGGUAUAUAUGCCCUAAGAGCCCCAUGCCACUUUCGCAGUACCAAAUUGUACCCCGCCUGGCACGGUCCCGCGUUUCUUAUUUCCUUUUUUUUUUUUUCCCCUUCCCUCGCCGCCAACGAAACGUUCGGCUAUGUCGUGACACGAAAUUUUAUUCACAGUGCAAUUGCGGAAUUAUAAGCAAGUUUAUGAAGUGAACGACUCUGUGCGCGACGAAUUCUGCGAGGAUCAGAGAUAGACAGCAUGUCCUCGGAGUACUCGUUCUGCAGCGAAGGAGGUUUCGACGAGCUCUCGAGCUCCUCCGAUUCCGGUUUCGACGUGAGCUUCGAAUCUCCCAAGCACGAGGCACAAACGGACGCCCUGUUCCCGCCGGCGAAAGAGGAGAAACGGAAGAAAACUCGGAACACGCGGUGCAAGAGUCCGACACAGGUGCUCAGACUGAAAAGGAAUCGUCGAAUAAAGGCGAACGAUCGCGAGAGGCACAGGAUGCACACUCUCAACGACGCGUUGGAACGUCUUAGGAUGGCGUUGCCCACGUUUCCGGAGGACACCAAGCUCACGAAAAUCGAGACGCUCCGUUUCGCCCACAACUACAUCUGGGCCCUGUCCCAGACGCUGGGGAACACGGAAACUGGAGAGAUCACCGUGAACGUGGGCAACGUGACGGUCAGCAUCAGCGAGAAUGGAAACAUGAUCACAUCCUCGACAGGAAGUUGCGCGGUUGCCGCGCAGAAGCGGCUCGGCCCGUCGCACGCUGUCUUCCCUUAUCCCCAGGAGAGAUUCGUGCCCGAAUGGCAGGAGUACGAUUGUUACAGCGAUCAGAGCAGCGUCAGCCCACCGAUGCAGUAUCAACCGUGUUACGAUCAGAGGAUGUACGCCCAUCAGCAUCAGCUUCCGGCUCCGCAUCAUAUGGGACAUAACAACAUGUAUCAGUGUCUUUAGAGAGUUUUUCUUUUUUUUUUUUUUAUUUCUCUUCUGGUGGAAGUUGGUGGGAUAGUUUGGGAUGGGUGGUUGUUUCGGAGGAUGGUUCUUCGACUUGGAUCGUCCAAGUUUUUGAAGAUGGCUUGGUAGAUUGUGAGGAUUGAUAACGUUGCGGUGGAUUAGAUGGAUAGAAAGGGGUUGAUGCGUGGAUCUGAGCGGGGGUAGUAAGGAUGAAUUUUCAGGGUUAGUUAUUUACGUGGCUUCGAAGUGAAUUUAGUACUUGACGAAGGAUUACAUUAAUUUUGUAUCGUUGUUAUGAAAAUUUUUGACAAGGAAAUUGUACGAAGUGAAAUUUUUUAACGAGUUGAUUAGAUUCAUAUUGGUAACCGAACAUGAGUCAUCGUCGCCAUUGUACUAUUGCGACGAAUAACGAAGUGCUACGAAAGUCGUAGUAUCGUAUGAUGCAGUGUAACGAUUAACGAUGAAAUUCUGUCAAAUGUCGAGUGCAAGUACUAAAAUCUAAUCGAAGCCGUCACAAAAAUCAAUACUUGAAGACCAAAGAAUACUUACACCGUUUUUAACAGAAUUAACAUAUGUCCAUAUUCUAGUGAAUUUUCGCGUAGUAAAUUUUCCAAAGUUCCAGUGACAACGUAUAUUGCGAUUUACAAAGAAUACAAAUUGUGCUUUUCAUAUCUGCAUAUCAUCGAAAAUUAAAACGUUAUUCAAGAUUAGAAUUUCGCGUCGAAUUAACGAAUUAGCGAGUGUAAAAAAAAGAAAAAAAGAAUAGAUCAGUGCGCAACGUGUUAUUUACUUUGUAAGAGAGCAUUCUAUUCGCAACGAAUUACUAGGAUUAAGGAUUAACGUUAGAUAUAACCGCAACCAAAAUUUUUCACUUCGAUAAUCUCGAUAACUUCUUCGAAAAAGCAUAUUGAUUAUUUCAUUUAUUUCUUUAUAACCUGUGGAAAAAUCGAGGCACCGUAUACGGUGUACGAUCAGAGACACGUACGUAAAUGUCGCGUUCCUUUUCUUUUCUAGUCAUCGAUGCUCUUAGGUUGAUCUCGAACGUUUGAUCUCACUGUUUGUUUCUUAGAAUUAUUCUAUUUAUAGUAUACGUCUCCGCCAGUGCUCUUAUCGGAUCGUGAAACUACCGAUUCAGGGAAUAUAUAUUGUACAGAAUUUAUAUCUUAUCAAUAAAUCAUAUUUUACCUAGA